AUGUUAAGCUUAUAUCUCAAAUUUUCAAUUAUAAUACUGUAUUUGGAAAAAUAUACCACGGCUAAUACAACAGAGGAUUUUGGAAUGCACAGACUUUCGGGAAAUCUUUCUUUGAGAAUAAUUUGUCGCCUGCAAUUUGAUUUUGGAAGUUGUGAUGGAUAUCACCCUAAAUGGUAUUUUGAUAUUACAACGCGACGUUGUAAAGGCUUCUCGUAUAGUGGCUGUGGAGGCAACUUGAACCGAUUUGCAACGCAGCAAAUGUGCGCCACUAUGUGUAGUGGGCCUAUGGGUGCU